GGAAGUUGCGCACCUGUUGCUGGAGCAUCGUUAACUCGUCCUUCGCUGUCCGUUUCGCCGCCUCUGUCCCUCGCGGUACGAAAACCUACUGAUUACUUUCACUCACAACAGACUUACAGCAACAUUUUACGCGUCACACGUGGACGAAGUGAAACCACUUCACUUUCGAUAUCGUGGAAGAGGCGCCGGACGUGGGAGAGACCGACGCGGGGCCGAAGCCGCCCGUUUCAACGCUUGUGUCGCACACUGUUGUUGAGGCCGGUGUGAGGCCGCGUCAUGGCAGACGUCAAGGAGGCAGCAGCGGCCGGAGGACCGGAGCGCAGCCAGCCGGCCCCGGCGGAGGCGCGUACAGAGGCCGGAGCGGACACGCGGAAAGACGCCGGGGACGAGCGAGGGGCGCGCUCCCGGUGGGGGCUCCUCUCCUUGGAGUCGACGCACGACCAGUUCAAACUCAGGAGGUUCUUCGUGUUGAGGCCUGGCACGUUAACCCAGGCCAUCAAAGACGUGGAAGCGCUGGUGGACCCAGAAGUGGACGGCAGCGUUCAGAGCGUGUGGCUGAUGGCAGAGGUGGAUCACUGGAACAAUGAAAAGGAGCGACUGGUUCUCAUCACGGACCUCACUCUGCUGGUCUUCAAGUACGACUUCGUCAUGUUCAACUGCGAGCAGGUCCACAGGAUCCCGCUGAACUACGUGGACCGCAUUGCCCACGGCACGUUCGCCUUCCCGAAGCACUCCCUGCUGCAGAGAGAAGGGGAGGGGGUGAGAGUGUUCUGGGACCGGCUGAGGGAGCCCUCCUUCUCCUCCAGGUGGAACCCCUUCGCCACGGACCUGCCCUCCAUGACCUUCACCCACCACCCAGUGAGGAACACCAACGACACCUUUGUGGCGCUCUGCGACAUCCAGAAGUUCCGUGAGCAGCUGAAGGACGCGGCGCAGAAGGUCCACGUGAUGAAGCCGGUUCCCGGGAAGGCCAACGGCGUGCUGGUCCUGAACCAGGCGCUGCUGGUGGAGGCCUACGUGGGCGUCAUGUCCUUCAUCGGCAACCAGAACAAACUAGGCUACUGCAUGGCCCGAGGGAACAUCGGCUACUAAAAGCCUCCUCCAUACGAUUCUGGGUCUGUUCUUGUUUAAAUCGGUUGUUGUCAUUUAUACGUCCCGGGCAUAGUUUUAUUUUACAGAAGUGACCGUCUUUUUCAUAUGUGAGUUCUGCUUCACGCUGAAGCCUGCGCUGUGAGCUGGAAGCUAGAUGACGCGUGAUCUCCCCCCCGCCGCUCAUUACCAGCGUGCGCUGUCUGGGUGCUCAGUAAUAUCCACGUUUCAACACGGCUCCUCUCUGGAUGACGGAUCCCCCGCUGCUCUCCAGCAGUUUUGUGUUUGCUCCUCGCUGAUACGGUAAUUCAACUCUUUCACAACGGGACUCCUUUCUUCCUCUCCCGGUGUCUGUGUUAAAAGCUCCCCCCCGCAGCAUUCAGGCCCCUUAGAGGUUCACUGGAGCAUGGGGGCACGUUUGUCAUUUCAGUUUUAUCAUCAGUGUAUUGUUACAGUACAUGCAAUAGAGGAAUUUCCCCCUUGAUUUGUGUGUUUGCCUUGUGUCACUGGGGCUGAGUUUUGUAUCAUCAGUUUGUCUUGUGCUCCUGUCACACGCAUGAAAAUAUAAGUGGACAUAUUGCGCCUUCCAUUCCAGCAGUAGAAUAUGCACAGACUCGGUUUAGUACGUUAUCGUCACACAUCUUUUCUGUAGUUUUUCUGUAGAAUUGGCUUUUGCUGAAAGAUAAAGAUCUUCAUUAUCUUUAACCCUUCGCCUCAGCAGCACACGUUUAAGUUAAAAUCCUGGUGGACUGGAGUCCUGGUUGAUUUUGCAACACCCACUGCACAGUAUGUGUUAAUGUGGGGGCAGUAAGCGUGGAUAAUUACUAACUUAAUGCUCGGCCGCACACACACACACACACACACAGACACAUACACACACACACACACACACACACACACACACACACACACACACACAUCAGUCACACUCACUAUAUCUGGUGUUACUGCUUGCAGCGGGUCACAGGAGUCAGUUCUUUAUGGAGAAAGGCCACAGCUUCUGCUUCAGCGACAUUCACUCCAUUAAAAAGUUGCAGUUCAGUGCUUUAAACUGCUUUUAACAACGCAAUGUUCAACUCUGUGAAUUAAUAUUAUAGAAUCACCAUGUACUCAGCAGAAAUCACUCCAUGUAAGCAACUUUAAAUUCACCCUCAUGUUACUUCUUUGUAUAUAAAAAAACUAAAAACUAAAACAA